UGCUCAGUACGCUGCUCGCCGUUACACACGGCAGGUGUUGCUGUCUGUUCUCCUCCUUCUCCCUCGCGAUGCUUUUGAUUCUGUGCUCGGUGCCGCCAAGUCGAGCGCGUGCAUCUGAUAGUACCCACGGCGUAUCGACCAUGUAGAUCAAUCCCAUGAGCGGAGAAGGAGAGGGAAGUUUACCUCCAGCGACCUGAGCGAGGAGAGAGGUGGAUCAUUGCACGGCGGAUUACACGUUGAAACAUGACACUGUGAGGCCACUGCAUCCGGCAGCCUGGAUGGACAUGAUGGAGGAGGCUGCCAGCCAGCUGGAGAGAGACCAUGUGCACAGCGUCUAUGACAAGAUUGCUCCAUAUUUCAAUGACAGCCGCUAUAAAGCCUGGCCCAAGGUACGACAGUUCCUGUUGGACCUAGAGCCAGGGAGCAUCGUUGCUGAUAUUGGUUGUGGCAAUGGCAAGUAUCUCCACAUCAACCAGGAGGUGUUCAAGCUGGGGUGUGAUGUUUGUCGCCCCCUGGUGGACUUUGCCUGGAGCCAGGGCCAUGAGGUCCAGAUGUGUGACAGUCUGCAAUUGCCUUACAGAGACAGCUGCUUUGACGCCGUGCUCUCUAUCGCAGUCAUCCAUCAUUUGUCCACCAAAGAGCGCCGUAUUCGAGCAAUAAAAGAGAUGGCUCGCACCCUGCGAGUGGGCGGAUGCAUCAUGAUCUAUGUGUGGGCCAUGGAGCAGAAGCGCCGUAAGUUUGAGAAACAGGACAUCUUCGUUCCCUGGAACCCAAACCCUCAUUCCCCCUUUAUCAGACCCAGACGGAGGGCCACGGCUCAGAGUGAGAGUGAAGCCAUAGACAACAGCGACAAGCACAGGAAGGUUAGAAGCACAUCCUCAGUGGCAGACGAAGAAGACCUGGCCUGCAGUACCCCUCAGCAGAGUUCCCAGAGACUGUGGUUCUUCUCCAGGUCUCUGGAUUCUGUGUUUGACUUUGGAAGCUUAGCCAUCUCUCGCUCGUCCUCCAGAGACUUGAGCAUUUUAUCGUCACCCACGGGUGAAAACGAGGGGAACAAGACCCGACAAAGAGGGAGAGGGCGAGGCCUCAUUAAGCAAGUGUCAAACUUCUUCUCCCCGCCGUCUGUGAUCGGAUCAGAGGAGGACGUCUUUGACUCGGUCACAGACCUGCACAAGGGACACAGUAAUGAUCCUGAGAGCAACAACAACACCACAACCAACAACAACGGCACAGGAAACCAGAGCAUGUCUGUAUCUUUAGCCCAGGAGUGCAGCUCCCUGGCCCUGCCUGAUCUGGUUUCUUUCCAGAAGGAGCACCUAAAGCAGUGUGACGAGGAGGGUGAAGCAGAGCCGCAGGGAAAAGAGCAGCCGGAAAGCACAAGGAUUCCCGAGGGGAACGUGGAGCAGGUGCAGGGCUCCUGCCUGAGGUACUAUCAUGUCUUCAGGGAGGGAGAGCUUGCAGAGCUGAUAGAGAACCAUGUGGAGGAGCUUCAUGUCAAACACACUUAUUUUGAUCAUGCCAACUGGUGUGUGGUGGCAGAGAAAGUGCAGUUAUGGAAGAUUUGAUUUUAGCUUGUUUGGUUUUAUGUUGCAUCAACUCUGCCUCAAGUUAAAGCACUGAAUGACACAUUUUAAUGACUAUUACACUCUUUAAACUAAUAACUAAUAGAAAUAUAUAGGCAUAGCAGUUGUUAAAGGUACCCUCAACUUAAUUACUCCACUGCUGUACUUCACUACUUGACUGUUUCAGACAAAAGGUUUUAUACUUCUGGUAGGUGCUGCAACCACUUGUGUGAAAAACGAAUCAUUUUUGCGAGUAAAAAUGUUUUUCAUAGUCUUUGCUGCAGCAGUGGAGGAUGCACGGAUGGGUUUGCUCUACAAUGGCUAUCACUGUAUAGUAUUUAUUCUGUCAGUACAAGCAGUAUCCUGUGUAUGUUCUCUUUAGGUGUCAGUAAGAUGUUUUUAUUAUGAAACCAGUGCUGCUAAUAAUUUUAUCUCUUUCAAAAGAGCAAGGGAAAUGAUGAAAAAUGCACUGUUUGUCUCUUUAAGCUUUUAAUAUUGGCUAAAGAGGAAUUAAUGACACUCCAGUACACUCUUCCAUCUGCUCUUUUUAUUAUUUAUUAUCAUUUUUAUUACAGCUUUUAAUUAUUCUAAAUUUCUGCACUUUUUACAAAUGCACGCUACUUAAUUUUAAAAUAUGAGACUGAUGGCAAACAUUUCAUGGACUUCUGUAAACUUCUCUGGUGUAAUCCAUCACAACACUAAGAAAAGCUUCAGUAGAAUUUCUUCCAGAACAUUUGUGCAAUUGCUUAUUUAAAGUGUUACGUGCUGCAAGUGUUUGUGUGUUUGAUGUUUGUAAAAGUCGUGUACUGUCUUGAGUUCAACAAGCUGAAUUUUACCACCAGUAUGUUUCAGCAAAUCAACUGCCUCAUAUAAUGUGAAUAACAUUGCACUGCAUCACAGAAUAUGUCGCUGCUUGAUGUCUAAAAAUGACAUAAAAUGUGUGAAACUCUGAACAAACCGGUAUUCAGUACCCAUAGUGCCAAGGACAGUGCAUGUUCUAAUCAGUAGGGUAUGUUUGUUUUAAAGUGACUCUGGUACCUUCAUGUUUAAUGUGACCUGAUGUGAACACAUUUAAUUUGUUUUGCUUUAGUACAUUUGUUUUUCAA